AACCAUUUUGAAUGAAUUCUUCGUGGCUUCCUGUAUCCUGUUAGGACUUGUGCAUUUCGUUGAAGGAAUUUUACAGCAAAACGCGACUUGCAUUAAGCAUUUUCCCAUUAGCAUUGUUUCAAAAUUAUCUUAAAUUGUACUUAAACAAUUUGUGGUCAAAACCUUCAAUAAAGGAAAGCUGUUGACAAUUUUCAAAUAAUAUCAACUAAUUCUAAAGAUGCCGAAUAUAAAAUUACAAAGUUCUGAUGGGGAAGUAUUCGAGGUGGACGUUGAAAUUGCAAAAUGUUCAGUUACUAUUAAAACUAUGUUGGAGGAUUUAGGUAUGGAUGAAGAUGAAGAGGAAGUUGUUCCAUUGCCUAAUGUUAAUUCGGCGAUUUUAAGGAAGGUGAUUCAAUGGGCAACUUAUCACAAGGACGAUCCUCCUCCUCUUGAGGAUGAUGAGAACAAAGAAAAACGAACAGAUGAUAUUAGUUCGUGGGACGCAGAUUUUCUAAAGGUUGAUCAAGGUACACUUUUUGAAUUGAUUUUAGCUGCAAACUAUUUAGAUAUCAAAGGUUUGCUUGAUGUCACAUGCAAAACAGUUGCUAAUAUGAUUAAAGGAAAAACGCCCGAUGAAAUACGUAAAACAUUCAAUAUUAAGAAUGAUUUCUCAUCUUCUGAGGAAGAGCAAGUUCGUAAAGAAAAUGAAUGGUGUGAAGAAAAGUAAAUUUUUUCGUGCUGUGACAGUCAGAGAGAGAGAGAGAGAUUAUUUAUUUAAGGUUCUUCUAGCUUUUUUUCCACUUAUAUUUCCAACGUUUCUUUUUUUUUCCUCUCUUCAGAUCUGAUUUAUUUUCCACGUAUCGCAUAAAAAAAGGAAGACGAUUUUUACACUCGUCAUUUGUUGUAAAUUCUUUGUAACACUUCGUCCGUUAGAUAAAUCAUGAUCCUGGAAUUUAAUAUUCCCAACCUUACUAUACAUUGUUUCGUUUCUUUAUAGUACAAGUUUUACUUUUAAAGUAAAAUUAAAUAUUUUUAUGGUAACCAAACAGGAUGAGUGGACCAGUUUAAUGUUAUUAGCUUGAUGAGUGUUUUAGCUAUCAUUAAAAAAAAAAUCAUUUUUAAUAUUAUAAUAAUAUCGAGUGUUUUAAAAAGUAAUAUAUAAGUAGAGGAAAAUAGUUUAAGAUAAUAAAAAGGCGAUGGAAAUUAACGGUAUAUAUCUUCUGGUACACUCUACCUAUUUGAUUUUGAGUUAAAAAUUGAAUUUUUAUUUGUCAAUAUUUAAGAAUAUUUCAUCAUUAUUAUAUAACAUAAAUCUUAGUACUUUUAAGAAAAUUACAUUUAUGUUUAAAAUAUUGUUUUCUCGACGAUUUGACUUUUAAAAGUUAUAUUUAAUCACUGAAGUAAUUAUAUUUCAGAGAUUGUUUGAUGUUUCUUAAGAGCAGUAGAUUGAAAAUUUACCUUAGUUCGAGGUUUAAAAUUAAAAUAAAUAAUGCUAAUACAUUGUAAAA